UCUUCUGUAACGUGGCAAGUUUCCAUUCUUACAAUGGUUGAAUUCCACCAUUACUUUGGGAAUUUGGACUGAACAUGUUUUCCUUCAUCACUCAUCAGGGAUGAGUUCAUUUUCACCAAUAGUUUUUUGGUCAAAAUUUUCAUUUUUCUGAUGAUCAGUCUUUGUAGUUUCAGUUUCUCAGGUUUCACGAAUUCUUCUUUCAUAAACUUUGUAAUAUCAUAAACUUUAUUCUAUUUUCCUUCAUUUCUCUUGGCUUUAUGUUGAGUUUGGUGCAUUUGAUACUAUUUUGUCUUUGGAAUCUGAUUCUGACUGGCAUUUUAGCAUAAGGACUAAUUCUAUCCAAAUUCUUCACCUUCCCUCUUUUUCCUUCUUUUUUUUUUUCCUUUUUAAAAUUUCAUUUUUGUUAUCAGUGACCAUCACCUAGACUAGUGCAUGCAUAGUACUUAAGACUUCCAUGCUCAUUCUGAUUGCUGAGAAAAUUCCUGUAGUUUAUGCUGUGCUAUGUUCUCCAUUAGUAGCUGGUCUUUGUGAACUUCAUAUUGAAACUGAAAUGCACAUGCAAGGUUAUUUGGCAUUCCUAUCUAUUGUUUAUAUCAAAGACAUUCAUGCAAAUCAGUAUGUGUUUGUCUUAUUUUGUUAGGCAAUCACAUCACAUCUUUUAUAUGUAGAACUAAAAUUCAGUUUUUAUCAUAUCACAUUCCUUUCUGGACACAUACUGCAUAAUUAGAUUGAAUGAUUUUGGUUUUUAUUUCAGGUUCUUGUUGUUUAGUUGAAACUGCUGCAUCUUCAUUCAUGGCAUUAAUGGGCAUGGGUGCAAAUAUGCAAUACAAUGACCAUUUCCCGGGACAUUACUCCAUGAAGGGCCUCAUCUUUGGUGCCGAAGGAAGCUCAUGGACUUCAUCAAACAAGGGACUUCUAUAGCAGACAAUUCUCGAGUAUGAUGCUAUAUUUAGGGACCAAAUUCAUGAGCUGCACCAAAUUUACCAGAAACAGAGGGAAUUGAUGGAUGAAGUUAAAAGGAACGAGUUAUGUAAACAUAAUUUACGGUUGGAGACAUAAUGGUCAAGUUCCUCUCUGUGUUAUUCAUCAAACUUGCCUUUGUUGGCUGGUCAAUCAUCUGUUUUAAUUGUGGAACGCAUCGAGUCACUAAUGGCUUUGGCACAAGAAAAGAACAGGCAAAGAUGUCCUGCUUCUGAAACUACUCCAACUGUAAUCAAAGAUCUCUUAAAAGAUUCUGAAUUAUCACAGUCCACUUACAGAAAAGUUGGUAACAAAAUUUUGGAUCUCCAACUUCCAGCUGAAGAGUACAUUGAUAGUGAAGGCGAUUCUUCCGAAAGUGAAAAGAGUACAGCUUUUACUUUAAAUGGAACUUCUCAGGUUGUGUGUAACGGUUUAGCCGACUUAAAUGUACCUUUUAAUCUCAAGGAAGAGACGGGUGCGGAGUCUGAUGAUUUGCAGCCCAGAAUUCAUCAUGGAAGCUCCCUUGUUUGUGAUAUAUCAAGAGCAAGAAAAUCAGGCUGGCAUAAUUUUCCCAAUGAUGCUAUACAGAAUUUGAACAAAAGAAAGUAUCUUGAAGAUUCCUCAGAUGAUCCAAUGCCAAAGCCAGGGAAGAAACUCGUACCGAUGUCCUCAAGUAAUAUUGCUGGGCAAAAUGGCAGGGUCUUGAAUUCCCAAGCCGGAUUUAGUGAUACCGACAGGCAAUCUGUUCCAGUUGAAUCAUUGAGUCAGAAACUUGAGCAAGUUAACAUUUUUGCAUGUUUGCAAAACUAUCUUCUCCGCAACGGCUUUUGCUUUAGCGCCAAGUCAUUUAAUCAACUAUCAAUCGAUACUGAUGAUCUAAGCAGCUGCAACAACCAUGGUUCAUCAUCGGCUAGCCAUGAGCUUAGGGAGUGUGUUCAGGUCUCUGAAGAUGUGUUCAAUCCCAAGAACAUAAACCUGAAUACCAUGCCUGGUUAUUCCGAUACAAUAACAGCAUUUCAAAGCAUUCAUAAUUCAAGGGAAGAAGAUAAAUUUGAGUGUUCAAGAUUUCCUUGGCUUAAAGAAAAGCCGGCACCCCAAGGAAAACUCAAUGAAGAGGGUAAAUCUUCAACACAUGUCCGUGCUGGUGAAAAGUUCUUGGAGAAUGAGAAGACGAUGCAUGAAUGCUUGAUCCGCGUCAUUGACCUGAAUUCAUGCACGAAUGAGGAUGAGAAUACGCCAAUGGAUAUCGAUCUUCAGGCCCCUACGAGUCCAGAAAAUAAGGAAAGUUCUCCACCAAGAGGAGAAUCCGAUGAAGCCCAAGAGGAGCAAGCCAGAAUGGCAGCAGAGGCUUUGGUUUCGAUAUUCGAGGUGGCGGUCCAUAAUGGUCUCCAAAUGACAACAUGUUCACCAUUAGAAUCUUCCAUGAGUAGCCCUCUUCACUGGUUUUCUGGGAUUGUUUCUGCAAUAGUGGAUCAUUCAGAGAGUGAGGUUAACUUGGAGCAGCAUCUGCCUACUGAUUUUGAUUACUUUGAGUUCAUGACUUUAAAUUUGACCGAGACAACAGUCCUAGAUUGCUUCUAUAAGAGCAAUGGCCAAUCCAAGCAAGGAGGCGAAGGGUCUACCUCACUGACUCGGUCGAAUAGGCCCCGGAGGGGGAAGGACUUCCAGAAUGAGACUCUACCAAGUCUUGCUUGUUUGUCAAGGCACGAGGUGACCAAAGAUCUUAAGACCAUAGGAAGUCUAGUUAAAGCCGCCACGGCUCGUACUACUCGCUCGACAGAUGGCUGCGCAAGAAGCGCAGGUAAAAAUGCACCGGCCAAGGCGAGGAGAAGGCCAUGUAAAUCAGCUUCUAACAUUACAGACUUACUGAAAAGAGGCCUAAUUAGUUGGCAAAAAAUAUGUAGAAAGAAAAGGAGCCAAAGAUUUCCAGUCAGUAAUCUCCAGCUUAUUUUUAAAUCAAGUACAUAACUAACUGAUCCGCCUUUGAAACUAUGUAAUUUAUACUCAUUUUGUCUCGUAAAAUGAGUGAAAGACAUGCAGAAAUGCAUGUCAACUAAAUUUACGAGACAAAAUGAGUUCAGAAAACAUUUCAGAAGGGAUCUUUUUGUAAAUAUUUUCAGCUUUAUAUAGACUAUAACAUAUAACUAUAUAAGUAAUCAUUUUGAUUUUUGU